AUGAGAGGAAGGAGAACAUGAAGCCUGAGAAGCUGCUGGAGGGCCAGGCCUGGCCUCGCAGUCAGGUGCUGUGGAAUGGGGAAGGUGCCCAGAUCAUGGAGGACAAAACAAAGGAGACAGGAGGUGACAAGUCUACUGAAGAAGGCUCCCCUCUCAGCAAAACAGAACCGCAAAAAGAUGCGACAGAUUGGAAGCUGCCGAUCUCCCUGGGACCUGUUUAUCCACCAUCAGUCUCGAGUCUGAGCACCAAAGCUGUGGGACAAAGCUGGGAAUUGUCUCUUCCCACCGCAAAGAGUUUCCGAGUACAUGACAGCCCUUUCUGGCACUUCCUGGACAUGAAGGCGGAGAAGAGACUGGCCUGCCGGAAGGAACGUCGUAGUCGCUUUGGAAACAUCAACAUGCACAAAUGCUAUCAGCUCCGCCAGGUCUUCACGCCUUUCCAGGCCCUGGCCACCACGGAGAUGCAAAGGCUGGUGUUUCCCCAGCUCCUGCCCAUGAGUCUGCACAUGAGCAAAACGGGUAUUUUGUGGACCGACAAAAGCAAUCUCCAAGAUUCAUCUUUAUCUUCCACAGACCUGGGCUUGGGACAGGGCGACAACAAUUGUGAGAAAGAGAAACCAGGAAGCCUUAUUAAAACACCUUUGUUCCCUCCAAUAGAUAAAGCAAAUAAAUGUAUUAACAUGAAAUAA